CGAAGCAAAAUGGAUGGGCUGCAGGGCGGCUUGCUGGGGCCGGACCCUGGGGCCCUGAGCCCCGAGCAGAUCGAGGAGCUUCGGAAAAUCAAGAUCCAGACUCGGAUUGCAAAUGAAAAGUACCUAAGGACCCAUAAAGAAGUGGAGUUGCUCCUAAAUGGCUUCUUCAGACAGAUGUUUCUGCAAAGACCUGGCAACAUCCUAGAGUUUGCUGCAGACUAUUUCACGGAUCCAAGACUUCCCAACAAGAUUCACACGCAGCUAAUUAAAGACAAGAAAGCAACUUAAUUAGCAAAAUCCUGACGCUCAGCUGUUGGGAGAGACCAGCCAGAAUGAGCCUCGGGUGGGCAGGAGAUGGAGAAAGAGCCGUAUCAGCUGACUGUUCCUUUUCAUCAUGGAAGAAUAUUUACUUGGAAGUCCUUCUUACCUACAUCCCAUGGGCCAAACUACGGUCAUGUGGCCCACCCUGGGCACAACAGAGACCCAGACAGGGACAAAAGGAAGAAGGAAGUUCCUGUCCUCCAGGAACUGAAAAUUCAGAUUCCAGGGUCCCUCCUGCCUCAUGAACUUCUUCCCUCCCCGCUACACACUGGUCUUCUGUUCUUCACAUAUGCCAACAUAGUUCCCAUUUCAGAGGUUUUGAACUCUCUUCCUGUUCUUUCCCCCAGGCUUCCCCAGGGCUAGUGGGUGGUGUGAUGAGAGGAAGAGAAAACCCCAUCGAGAGGGGCUGCUUUUCUCUCUCAGCAGGUCUGAAGAGGGCAGCUGCUGGCGCUGGUUUGGGGCCUGCAUCUCUCAUGUUUUCCUCCUUUAUCUUAGGGGAGGAGCCAUAGGACCAGGAAGGUACUGUGCCAGCAUGC